AUGUUAGCAACGUGUACAUUUCCACGAGAUCCAAGAGACCAUUGUCCUAAACCACCAUUCCCGCAACAAGAACAAGAUUCACCGGGACUCGAAUAUAAAAUGUCACCGAAACCAGACUAUGGAGACAGUGGAAUUGGAAGAGCAGUUGCUUUAGCUUAUGCAAGAGAAGGAGCCGAUGUUGUUAUUUCGUAUUUGAAUGAAGAUCAAGAUGCAGCGGAAAUAAAGCAACUAGUUGAAAAAGAAGGUCGAAAAUGUAUUUUGGUGUCCGGUGAUAUUAGUGAAGAAAGUCAAUGUCAGAAAAUUGUCAAUACAACAGUCAGUGAAUUUGGUCAUAUCGAUAUUUUAGUUAAUAAUGCUGCUUAUCAAGGAAAAAACGUGGAUCAAUUUACAAAACUUGAUCAUGCACGUGUUGAAAAAACAUUUAAAGUUAAUAUUAUUGCAAUGUUUGAUAUGGUUCGAUUUACUCUUCCGCACAUGCCACCAGGCGGAAUCAUUAUCAAUACGGCAUCAGUCCAAGCUUAUCAUCCAACAGCAGAAAUUCUUGAUUAUGCCACAACAAAAGCAGCGAUUGUUGCUUUACGAAAGGUCUUACAUUAUAAAACAUUUAUAUUUUUCACAUAUUUUUUCAGACCUGUUUGGACCGCAUUACCAGUUUCAUGUUAUCCGAAAUCUAGAAAUGCAGAUUUUGGUAAAAACUCAAAAAUGGGACGUCCUGCUAUGCCAGUUGAAUUAUCUCCAGCAUAUGUCUAUCUGGCUUCAAAUGAUUCUACUUAUGUCGUCGGUGAAACCAUAGGCGUUACUGGUGGAAUACUUUUACCUUGA